AUGAACGCCGUCGCCGAGGAUGCCGUGGCAUCUAGUACCAAUAUUCAUCAGAUUCAGGAGGGUGACCUCGUUAGGGUCGGGCCGAAUGGCGACCAUGGCAUGGUGGCCCAUCUCCCGGAGCUAUACUACACCGGCCAACCUCUUCUCCCAGCUGCCACGUUCAGGAUUUUCCGUGUCGACGGCACAAUGGAGACCGCAGAGGCACGCGACAUCACCAUCAUAGACAGGGGCUACUUCCGCAGUGGCCAAUUCGUCGUGUCGGCGUCAGAUAUUCAUGGUCGGGUCGGCGUCGUCACGGAAUCCAACACCACGCUCGACCUCGUGAAGGUCGUCAGCCACGGGGAGCCACCGGUCAUGGCGAUGAGCGGGGUGGCGCCGGGAUGCCUGCGGCGCGUCCGAGAGCUCUGCCUCGGCGACUUCGUCGUGUCCGGGUCGUCAAGGUGCCCCUCGAGCUCGGCGUGGUGUUUGACGAUGGCGCCCUCUGCAAGGUCAUCGGCGUACAAUGAACUGCAAAACCCACCUGAACGUAUCAAUGUCCAGGGUGACAUUGAUUCAGCGACUGAGGAGGACGACGAUUCGGUGGAUGAAGAUGACAGUGCAGCAACAAAAGCAAGCCGGAAGGGUGCUAUCAUCGAGUAUAUGUCCCAACUGGGACACCAAGUGUUGGCUCAAACCAUGAGAUAUUUUGGCAACAGGUUGUUGUUGUCGUCACUGGGCUCGGAAUUAGCUGGAGCGACGGCCAACGAGGGAGCAAAUGUGGCUGUAACCGAUGGUCAUCACAGUACAAGCAAUCAUGAUGUGAUUCACGCCAUGGCGGCUGCACUAACCAGCAGCGACACAUGUACAAAUGAUGACGACUGUGCCGAGAGGGGCAAAAAUAUUGAACAAGCCACCGGUGAUGAAGAUCAGUUUCGCUUCCCAUAUUUUGAUGUUACACAUAGUCCUCUUGAUCACCAUUACAUCGACAAUGCGGGGCAGGGCACUAGUGGUGGAAAGAGGUGGGUGAAGGCGGUGCAAAAAGAAUGGAAAAUACUGGAGAACAACAACUUGCCAGACACCAUAUAUGUGCGCGUGUUCGAGGACCGCAUGGACCUGCUCAGGGCCGUGAUAGUUGGUGCGAGCGGGACACCCUACCACGACGGGCUCUUCUUCUUCGACCUGCACCUGCCGCCAUCCUAUCCUGAUAUGCCUCCGAUGGUGUACUACCACUCAUUCGGUCUUCGCCUCAACCCCAACCUCUACAACUCUGGCACAGUGUGCCUCAGCCUUCUCAACACCUUUGGUGGAGAGGCAUCUGAAGUCUGGUCACCAUCUACAUCAAGUCUCCUACAGGCCGUCGUCUCUAUACAGGGUCUUAUACUCAACGACCAACCAUACUACAAUGAGGUCGGUUAUCAGGCCCUAGUUGACAAGCCAGAGGGAUGCCGCAACGCACUGCCAUACAAUGAAAAUGCUUACUUGCUCACCCUUUGGACGAUGAUCCACUUGUUCCGCCGACCGCCAUGUGGAUUUGAGGGAUUCAUUAAGGAUCACUUCUGCCGCCGAGGGAGGUUCAUUCUUCGAGCAUGUGAGGCAUACCUCAGAGGGUGUGUAGUUGGCAUGCUCGAUGGUGAUGCAUGCGCCACCAAGGGGAGCAAGGACGAUAGAUCAUGCUCAGCCGGGUUAAGACUGGCGCUUUCCAACAUGCUGCCGAAGCUCGUGGCAGCACUAGCAGAGAUUGGCGCCGAGGGGUGUGAGUGUGACCAGUUCCACGAGCUGCAUGACCUUCUUAUCGGCGGCGAUCGAGUGCAACGUUGCUCACUAAAUUAUCAAGUGCACUAG